AUGGAUUCCCAACGGAAGAGGCUAGCCCAUCGGGAUUACAGGAUAGGUUGGAUAUGUGCACUGCCAAAAGAGCUCACCGUGGCGAUAGCCAUGUUAGACGAGCAGCACGAAAGGUUGUUGCCAGCUUCUUACCGGGAUAAUAACACAUAUGUCUUCGGAAAAAUAGGAAACCAUAAUGUCGUGAUCGCUUGUAUGCCAAUGGGAGUGACAGGCAACGCACCUGCUGCCCUUGUAGCGAACGAUCUGUUACAUAGCUUCCCUCACCUCCAGUUUUAUCUGAUGGUGGGCAUCGGCGGCGGUGCUCCCAACGACCAAAACGAUAUCCGCUUGGGUGAUGUCGUCGUGAGUGCUCCAACGGGUCAACACGGAGGAGUUGUCCAGUAUGACUUUGGAAAGACUCUGGCAGACGGUGUGUUUCAUCGCACUGGAACUCUCAAUCGGCCACCAAGCGUCCUCCUUUCGACACUGAGCUAUUUGAGGUCCAGCUACGAACUUCUAGGGCGGCCAGACUUCCUAAGGCAUCUUUCAGCGGCCAGAUCUCGCUAUCCCCAUCGUGCUGCUGCCUUUUCCUAUCCUAGCACAUUGUCUGAUACCUUGUUCAAAGCCGACUACGAUCAUGCCAAGCCUCUUCAACCUUGCGAAGGGGGAUGCGAUCGCAGACGCGCUGUGCGGCGACCUCUUCGCCGAAACAACAAUCCCAGCGUAUUCUUCGGAAAUAUUGCAUCGGCGAACCAGGUGAUGCGCCACGGAUUGACUCGGGAUAGAAUUGCCCGGGAGCAUAAUGUGCUUUGUUUCGAGAUGGAAGCAGCUGGUUUGAUGGAUCAGUUUGCCUGUCUUGUCAUUCGUGGGAUUUCAGACUACUCUGAUACACACAAGAAUGAUCAAUGGCAAGAUUACGCCAGUGCGGUCGCUGCUGCAUUCGCGAAAGAUCUUCUUCUGGUUAUCCCUACAAGGGCUCUGAGUGGUGGGCUACCUCGUUCACCGGAUACGGAUAGCCUGCAUUCCGACAUGCCUCUUACAGACGUGCAUGAUGAAGAGGACGCUGGAAGACAGGACGACAGGACAGAAAGCAAUUGCGCCACUGAAACAGUGGCCUCUCCAUCCACACCGGAUACUACUGAAGCCACUGCCAGUGGUCCCCUCCCAUCACAGAACUCCACCUAUCCGGAAAUCAUUCAAUUACGGCCACGCGUGCCGCUCAAUUGGCAGCAGUUUCACUCGUUUCCACAUGAGGCACUUCAAGAGCCGCUCACCACCGCCGUUCCCCUUGGACUUGACCGAUCUCUAGAUUUCGAGCUAUCCAUAAUAAUGGCGCAGCGGCCUGAUAGUAGAAUUGGGGUGGUCUACAUAUGUGAUGUUCAUCUUGAGCCAAGGAGAAGCUCGAAAAAUAGGAUCAUUAGGAUCGGUAGUACCACCGAUGUCUACAGGCACUUGAAGGCUCGUCUCAACAGCUCUACCCACGAAUCGGACACCUACAGACAAAUUCUGAAUUGCGGCCAAGUAGAACUCCUGAUUCAUACAACCCUGCAAAAGUUCAAAUAUGAUAAGAAAUGUCAGUGUGGCAACAACCAUACUACAUUAUUUGAGAUUGGUGAAGAUGAACUGGACAACAUCUUAAAGACUGUGGAACAUUGGGUUUCCUGGAGUGAACGGAAAUUCGGUCACAUCGUGGUCCCGCGUGGCGGCUAA